AUGGCACCAAAAGCGCCUCGUAUUGCAGAAGAAAUAUGGGAACAACACAGGAACGAGAUCACUGCUCUUUAUUGCGCUCCCAAGGGAACGCUGAAGAAAACAAUGCAGAUAAUGGAGGGGAAAUAUGGGUUUCAAGCAACUAAGAACCAAUAUACCACAAAAUUUGAGACUUGGGGCAUACAAAAGUAUGCUGACAGGGCCAUCUGGGCCUAUGUAGACCAGAAACUCAGGAAGCGAAAGUUGGAGGAGGGCAAGGAUAGUGGAUUUAUCAUCCACGAGAGGAAAAGGACACGACUGGAAGUUGAAAAAGAAAUUGCCCGAAAUGUCACACAUAUGAGUCGGUUGCAGUUGUUACAAGACAUUCCUACACCCGCAGGUGUUCAGGUGUUCACUCCAGGAGCCGAAGCAUCUUCUGCAUCUGUCGCUCUUCGAGAAGUGUGCACGAGCAACCUUCCAAGUGUUCAAUUACAGAGAGAGAUUCACGCGGUCAUGUGUAAGAAUCGACAAAUAUACAAGUUCGAUACUUUUCCAGCAAUGGACAAUCAAAUGACUCAAAUGCUGCCAAACUCUGAUAUGCUGGUUCAGUCAAGCAGUCAGCUCAAUAGUUGCAACAGUCCACUGUUUGCAGCUAGGUCGCAGCAAAUAGCCCUGAGAAAUACUCUGGAUAGUGUGAUGUCAUCCAUAUUGCGAGAUUCUAUAUCAAAGAAAACGAUAUCGUUGACCUUGUAUUUUCCACCGGACGACAUUGACAAUGAUCAAAUGCUGAGUUCCCAUGAACUGGAAGGUUUUGGCACGCAGUUCGCCCUGCAAAAACUUCUGCAGUACUUCAUCAGCUUAACAAACAAUGGCAUAAUUCUUAAAAGCCAGCUGCAGAAAGGGGUAGAGUGGAUAUCAACAAAUCUGAAAGAGUCUUUCCUUUCUGACCUUUUCGGGCGUGAGUCAACUGCGAUUAGAACUUUUAUGAGGAAGAUACUUCCUGCCGCCGUGAGCUGUGGAAACACCAAAAUGGUGGAAUGUAUUAUCGAAAAAAACAUCGACAUCCUAAACAUGACAAAUUAUCGUAACAGGGACGGUUAUACGGAACAGGAGGAAUGCAUGUCAAUAGCGGUCACAAAUGGGGACAGUCGGAUGGUUGAACUGCUUUGCACAGCAGGGUUUUCGCUGCAAAUUGUUAGCCAUUUUUCAUCGCCAAAUUCAAAGAUGCUAUGGGAUACAAAGAAUCUUGGAGCUUUACGAAUCCUCCUCUCUUUUGGAGCAGAUCCAGAGUGUUUUAUCAUUGAUAAACCGCGGCAUUAUCCCCUCAUUGAUGCUGCGAAGUCGGGAGGCCUCGAGGCCGUUAAAAUGCUUGUGAAAAGGGGUUCUACGGUCAACUCAUAUGUACAAGCAUACUUUGGGACGUCCCUACAAGCGGCAGUAUGGGCUGGGCAUCUGGAAAUAGCCGAAUUUCUCAUUAGAUGCGGAGCAGAUAUCAACGCUCUAUCUGCUUUAACCCCCGAUGAUUGCGUUGACGAUUGCGUCGAUGAUUGCUUUUGCAGUUUUCAUAGACCAAUGUAUUGGGGCAUGAAAACACCGAUUCAAAUAGCCUGCGCGAAAAACCAUGUCUCUCUGGCCAAGCUAUUACUCACCCAUGGAGCAAAUGUUGAUCUUACCACCAGUUUCCAAAUUGAAAGGUAUUUCAAGUGCUCCCACCGUCGUGAUUAUCGUUAUUCAAUCCACUCGCCGCAUUGUAAUGAGUAUCAACUUUUCUCCGCGCUUCAAUACACCGUGCAAAAUGGAAACAUCGAUCUUGUUCGCCUACUUCUCUCAAAUAGAGCAAAUCCCGACUCAAGGGCGUUCCCGGUUUGGGAGGAUACGCCCCUUCAAUUAUCUAUCCGACUUGGUUACACAGAGAUAGCUCGAAUCUUGAUAGAACAUGGUGCAAAUGUGAAUGCUUCUCCUGCAUGGUAUAAUGGUCGGACAGCCCUACAAGCCGCGGCGGAGAGUGGAAAUAUCCAACUUGCACAAAUGCUUCUGAGAAAAAAGGCAGAUGUAAAUGCCCCGCCAGGGUAUGAAAGAGGGCGAACUGCAUUGCAGGCUGCUGUAAAAAAGGGCCAUCUUUCAAUAGCACACUUCUUGUGUCUAUCAGGUGCAAAUAUAAAUGCAAACCAUGCUUCCAUACAAGGCUUUGCAGCUAUUCGGGCAGCGGCAGAAAUAGGGGAUUUGAGCCUUAUUAAUGAUCUUGUGCGUCAGGGGGCAGAUAUACGCAAUGCAGCAGCUGGACAUAUAGCCGUACUGGCUUCAAUAUUUCACGGAAAUCUACUGAUGCUCAAGUCGUUUAUCGAACAUGGCGCACCGAUUAAUGGAAAUGGAAAAGGUGAUGACAUCCCACCAAUUGUAGCAUCAGCGAUGUUCGGCUGGAUUGAUGGUGUGAGUUACCUCCUGGAUAAUGGCGCCGAUGUCAACUCCUAUUACUAUGAAAACAAGGUGAAUGACAGUAUCAACAGCCUAGACUGGUCAAUCAUAAAUCAUGAUGUUGGUAUGGUUACAUUACUUUUGAAAAGGGGGGCAAAUAUUUAUUGCCCUUUUGCAAAAACCCCAUAUAAUUCUUCUCUCUGCCUUGCAUUGGACAACAGUUGUUCUAUGAGAAUCAUCGAUAAGCUUAUCAACGAGUCCGUCAAGCGAGAUCCAUUUGCUUUGAACCUGGAAGUCCUAGCUACAGCAGUAUGCAAUGAACGCGAUGACGACGGCGGGACGAGAACGGGAGCAAUCCUCAACGCUAUAUCCAAUCUUCCCAAGGCUUUAUACAUGGACCAAGUCGGGAAAGCAUGGAAUAAACUUUCGGAAUGUCGUAGCUAUUUGUUUGGCUCGAGAAACAGGAAUGCAAAGCUUGCGGAGCAAGUAAUUAGACUGUUGCUGCAGGCUGGGGCUGAUAUCAAUGCCAGGCACCCUUGGAUUGGUUGUACACUUCUACAGACAGCGGUGUACAGGGUGAAUAUUGACAUCGCAAAAUUCCUGAUUGAAGAAGGCGCUGAUAUCCAAGGCUUAACCAGCAACAGUAUAGGAACUCCCCUCCAAAUAGCAAUCAGGUACAAUGAAAUUGACUUCGCAUACUUCUUAUUGGAACGAGGUGCUGAUGUCAAUGCACCUCCAGCGGAAAAUUCCAUUGGUACUGCACUCCAAGCAGCUGUAUCCAAUGGGAACAAAACCCUGGUUUUAAAUCUUCUUGAACGUGGUGCUGAAGUCAACGUACCCUCAGCCGGAAACUAUGGUGUCACUGCACUUCACGAGGCUGCAAACAGAGGCAAUAUAGGCAUUGCUAUUGAUCUUCUCCAACAUGGAGCUCAUGUUUCUGAACCCGCCUCACCAAAAAAUAGUAGAACAGCAAUUGAUGGUGCUGCAGAACAUGGACAGGAAGACAUGCUGCAACUACUGUUGAACCAUUAUGAUGGAAGUGAAGAUCUGAAGGUUGUUUGUGACAGAGCAGCAACCUAUGCGACGGAAGAAGGGCAUUUCGAGAUUGCCUCGUGGCUUAGGCGAUAUCCCGAUUCUUCAACUGAAUGA